GACACUAGUCUUCACGGCUGCUUGCUAACCAUGAAUGGGAUGGCCAACGUGAACUCUGCCAGCCGCCCCCACUAUACCUCCUCCAUCCCUGUGCCUCGAGCUGCUUCCCAGACCAGGAUUCAUACCCCGGGCGCCUCUCCCCAGCUACGGCCACGCCAGGCCAGCCUGGCCCUGAGCCCCCAGCGUGCAGCCUCACCGAGACUGGGCAAGGCAGGAGGCCUUUCCAGAAACUCCUCUCCUAAGGCCUCCCGGGGGAGAGGCUCCCCGAAGUCUUCUGGGACGGUGAGAGAGUCAGUUGAGGGUGGCGAAGGCCUUUCCAGCUCCCCAUGGAGCAGUCCCAGGGCAACCCCCAAAGCAGCCCUCUCCAGCUGGGCUGGGUCCAGAAGAGUUGGAGAGACACAAGGCACCCAGGGAAAGAAGAAGGUGGCUCAAGAAGGGAUUCCAGUCCUCCAGAGCCGGGGCAGGAGCCCAUCCCGACCAAGCUCUCGCGGAGAAACUCAAAUACCAGGGGCUCCUGAAGGUCGAAGACCUCCUAACUACCCAGGAAAGGAUCAAAGAGAUACAAGCUACAGAAGUUCAGGGGUCCCCAGGUCUUUGGAGCCCGAUGCUGGGGCAGUGUCCGGGGCUUCCUCCCCGGGGUGCAGCCCUGUGCAGAGCAAACGCCCCUCCCCCACCCCGGGGGUCAUCAGCUUCGCCUCAGCCCACCAACAGAGUCAGCCAGUCACAGCCACAGUGGCCCCCUUCCAGUACAGGCUUCAGACAGACCAGGAGCCCGGCCCCCUCCCUCAGGCUGGCUGGGUCCUUGAUGGCUACUCCAGCUGCCCCGGUGGGACUGAGGAGUGCUUCUGCGCAGACGCGCGGAUCGUCCAUGCGCUCCUCGCGGGCAGAAUGCUGGGCAGCAGCGUCAAGAGCGUGCAGCCCGAGGUGGAGCUGAGCGGCGGCGGCGGGGACGAGGGCGCGGACGAGCCUCGGGGCGCGGGUAGGAAGGCAGCAGCGGCGGACGGCAGAGGCAUGCUGCCCAAGCGCGCCAAGGCGCCCGGCGGCGGUAGCGGCAUGGCCAAGGCCAGCGCGGCCGAGCUGAAGGUCUUCAAGUCUGGCAGCGUGGACAGCCGAGUCCCCGGCGGGCCUCCCACCUCCAACCUGCGCAAGCAGAAGUCGCUAACCAACCUCUCCUUCCUCACCGACUCGGAGAAAAAGCUGCAGCUCUAUGAGCCCGAGUGGAGCGACGAUAUGGCCAAGGCGCCCAAGGGCUUGGGCAAGGCGGGGUCCAAAGGCCGCGAAGCUCCGCUUAUGUCCAAGACGCUGUCCAAGUCGGAGCACUCGCUCUUCCAGGCAAAGGGCAGCCCGGCGGGCGGCGCCAAGACCCCCCUGGCUCCCCUUGCGCCCAGCCUGGGGAAGCCGAGCCGGAUCCCGCGCGGCCCCUACGCCGAGGUCAAGCCGCUCAGCAAGGCUCCUGAGGCAGCCGUGAGCGACGAUGGCAAGUCAGACGACGAGCUGCUCUCUAGCAAGGCCAAGGCGCAAAAGGGCUCCGGGCCCGUGCCCUCCGCCAAGGGCCAGGAGGAGCGCGCCUUCCUCAAGGUGGACCCCGAGCUCGUGGUGACCGUGCUGGGAGACCUGGAGCAGCUGCUCUUCAGCCAGAUGCUGGACCCAGAGUCCCAGAGAAAGAGGACAGUGCAGAAUGUCCUGGAUCUUCGACAGAACCUGGAAGAGACCAUGUCCAGUCUGCGAGGGUCCCAGGUGACUCACAGCUCCCUGGAGACGACGUGCUACGACAGUGAUGACGCCAACCCUCGCAGCGUGUCCAGCCUCUCCAGCCGCUCAUCCCCCCUCUCCUGGCGCUAUGGCCAGUCCAGCCCGCGGCUGCAGGCUGGGGACGCGCCCUCGGUGGGCGGCGGAUGCCGCUCGGAGGGGCCGCCGGCCUGGUACAUGCACGGGGAACGGGCCCACUACUCGCACACCAUGCCCAUGCGCAGCCCCAGCAAGCUCAGCCACAUCUCCCGCCUGGAGCUGGUCGAGUCCCUGGACUCGGACGAGGUGGACCUCAAGUCCGGCUACAUGAGCGACAGCGACCUCAUGGGCAAGACCAUGACGGAGGACGACGACAUCACUACCGGCUGGGAUGAAAGCAGCUCCAUUAGCAGUGGGCUCAGCGAUGCCUCAGACAACCUCAGCUCAGAAGAGUUCAAUGCCAGCUCCUCCCUCAACUCCCUCCCAACGACUCCCACUGCCUCUCGCAGGAACUCUACAAUAGUGCUCCGCACAGACUCAGAGAAGCGCUCACUGGCCGAAAGUGGGCUGAGCUGGUUUAGUGAGUCAGAGGAGAAGACCCCAAAAAAACUGGAAUACGACAGUGGUAGCCUGAAGAUGGAACCCGGGACUUCGAAGUGGCGGAGAGAGCGGCCCGAGAGCUGUGAUGAUUCAUCCAAGAUUGGAGAACUGAAAAAGCCUGUGAGCCUGGGACACCCUGGUUCCCUGAAGAAGGGCAAGACCCCGCCAGUGGCCGUCACGUCCCCCAUCACUCACACAGCCCAGAGCGCCCUCAAAGUCGCAGGCAAACCCGAAGGCAAAGCUACCGACAAGGGCAAACUUGCAGUGAAGAACACGGGGCUGCAGCGCUCCUCGUCAGACGCCGGCCGGGACCGCCUGAGCGAUGCUAAGAAGCCUCCCUCUGGCAUUGCCCGCCCCUCCACUUCUGGAUCUUUUGGCUACAAGAAGCCGCCUCCUGCCACAGGCACCGCCACCGUCAUGCAGACUGGUGGUUCAGCCACUCUCAGCAAAAUCCAGAAGUCCUCAGGCAUCCCUGUCAAGCCCGUGAACGGACGCAAGACCAGCCUAGAUGUGUCCAACAGUGCGGAGCCUGGGUUCCUGGCUCCUGGCGCCCGUUCCAACAUCCAGUACCGAAGCCUGCCCCGGCCAGCCAAGUCCAGUUCUAUGAGUGUGACCGGCGGCCGGGGUGGACCUCGCCCUGUUAGCAGCAGCAUUGACCCCAGCCUCCUCAGCACGAAGCAGGGAGGCCUUACCCCUUCCAGACUAAAGGAACCUUCCAAGGUGGCCAGUGGGCGGACCACUCCAGCCCCUGUCAAUCAGACGGAUCGGGAAAAGGAGAAAGCCAAAGCCAAGGCAGUGGCCUUGGACUCGGACAACAUCUCCCUGAAGAGCAUUGGCUCCCCAGAGAGUACUCCUAAGAACCAAGCCAGCCACCCUCCGGCCACCAAGUUGACAGAGCUGCCACCAACCCCUCUCAGGGCCACAGCUAAGAGCUUUGUCAAGCCACCCUCACUAGCCAACCUAGACAAGGUCAACUCCAACAGUCUGGAUCUGCCAUCAUCGAGUGAUGCCCACGCUUCCAAGGUCCCAGACCUGCAUCCCACAAGUUCAGCAAGCGGGAGCCCUCUUCCUUCUUGCUUCACCCCCAGUCCAGCACCCAUUCUCAAUAUUAACUCAGCCAGCUUCUCCCAGGGCCUGGAGCUGAUGAGUGGUUUCAGUGUCCCCAAAGAGACCCGCAUGUACCCCAAACUCUCAGGCCUGCACAGGAGCAUGGAGUCCCUCCAGAUGCCAAUGAGCCUGCCCAGUGCCUUCCCCAGCAGUACUCCUGGUCCCACCCCACCUGCCCCUGCCGCUGCACCCCCAGAGGAAGAAACAGAAGAGCUGGCCUGGAGCGGAAGCCCCAGAACUGGGCAGUUGGACAGUAAUCAGCGGGAUCGGAACACUCUUCCCAAGAAAGGGCUCAGGUACCAGCUUCAGUCCCAGGAGGAGACCAAGGAGAGGCGACACUCCCAUACCAUUGGUGGGCUGCCUGAAUCCGACGACCAGUCAGAGCUGCCUUCCCCCCCUGCACUCUCCAUGUCCUUGAGCGCAAAGGGCCAACUUACCAACAUAGUGAGUCCCACUGCGGCCACCACGCCAAGAAUCACCCGCUCCAACAGCAUCCCCACCCACGAGGCGGCCUUCGAGCUGUACAGCGGCUCCCAAAUGGGGAGCACCCUGUCCCUGGCCGAGAGACCCAAGGGGAUGAUUCGGUCAGGAUCCUUCCGAGACCCCACGGACGAUGUUCAUGGCUCAGUGCUGUCCCUGGCCUCCAGCGCCUCCUCCACUUACUCCUCAGCUGAGGAGAGGAUGCAAUCCGAGCAAAUCCGGAAGCUUCGUAGGGAACUGGAAUCAUCCCAGGAAAAAGUGGCCACCCUGACGUCUCAACUUUCCGCCAAUGCUAAUCUAGUGGCAGCUUUCGAGCAGAGCCUGGUGAAUAUGACAUCCCGCCUCCGGCACCUGGCGGAGACAGCAGAGGAGAAGGACACUGAGCUGCUGGAUUUACGAGAAACGAUAGACUUUCUGAAGAAGAAGAACUCUGAAGCACAGGCCGUCAUUCAGGGAGCCCUUAAUGCCUCAGAAACCACACCCAAAGAACUCCGGAUCAAGAGACAGAAUUCUUCGGACAGCAUCUCGAGCCUCAACAGCAUCACCAGCCAUUCCAGCAUUGGAAGCAGCAAGGAUGCUGAUGCAAAAAAGAAGAAAAAAAAGAGCUGGGUCUAUGAGCUUCGAAGUUCCUUCAACAAAGCCUUCAGCAUAAAAAAGGGACCCAAGUCCGCUUCCUCAUACUCUGACAUUGAGGAGAUAGCCACCCCGGACUCCUCCGCCCCGUCGUCCCCUAAACUACAGCAUGGCUCCACGGAAACCGCAUCGCCCUCCAUCAAGUCCUCCAACUCCUCCUCUGUGGGCGUAGAUGUCACCGAGGCCCCCGCUCACCCGGGCCCCCACACUAGGCUGUUCCAUGGCAACGAGGAGGAGGAGCCAGAGAAGAAGGAGGUGUCAGAACUGCGUUCCGAGCUGUGGGAGAAGGAGAUGAAGCUUACAGACAUCCGCUUGGAAGCCCUCAACUCCGCCCACCAGCUGGACCAGCUUCGGGAGACGAUGCACAAUAUGCAGCUGGAGGUGGACCUGCUGAAAGCCGAGAACGACCGGCUGAAGGUCGCCCCAGGCCCCUCUUCGGGCUCCACUCCAGGGCAGGUCCCCGGAUCUUCUGCGUUAGCCUCCCCUCGCCGCUCCCUGGGCCUUGCCCUCACCCAUUCCUCCAGCCCAAGUCUCACCGACACAGACCUGUCACCCAUGGAUGGCAUCAGCACCUGUGGUCCAAAGGAGGAAGUGACCCUUCGGGUGGUGGUACGGAUGCCCCCCCAGCACAUCAUCAAAGGGGACUUGAAACAGCAGGAAUUCUUCCUGGGCUGUAGCAAGGUCAGUGGAAAAGUGGACUGGAAGAUGCUAGACGAAGCUGUUUUCCAAGUGUUCAAGGACUACAUUUCUAAGAUGGACCCAGCCUCCACCCUGGGACUGAGCACCGAGUCCAUCCAUGGCUACAGCAUCAGCCACGUGAAGCGGGUGUUGGACGCGGAGCCUCCAGACAUGCCUCCCUGCCGCCGAGGUGUCAACAACAUAUCGGUCUCCCUCAAAGGUCUGAAGGAGAAGUGCGUGGACAGCCUGGUGUUCGAGACACUGGUCCCCAAGCCGAUGAUGCAGCACUACAUAAGCCUUCUGCUCAAGCACCGGCGCCUCGUCCUCUCGGGCCCCAGCGGCACGGGCAAGACCUACCUGACCAACCGGCUGGCCGAGUACUUGGUGGAACGCUCCGGCCGCGAGGUCACCGAGGGCAUCGUCAGCACCUUCAACAUGCACCAGCAGUCUUGCAAGGAUCUGCAACUGUAUCUCUCCAACCUGGCCAACCAGAUAGACCGGGAAACAGGAAUUGGGGACGUCCCGCUGGUGAUCCUGCUGGAUGACCUGAGUGAAGCGGGCUCCAUCAGUGAGCUGGUCAAUGGGGCCCUCACCUGCAAGUACCACAAAUGUCCUUAUAUCAUAGGUACCACGAAUCAGCCUGUAAAAAUGACACCUAAUCACGGCUUGCACUUGAGCUUCAGGAUGCUGACCUUCUCCAACAACGUGGAGCCAGCCAAUGGCUUCCUGGUUCGUUACCUGAGGAGGAAGCUGGUGGAGUCGGACAGCGACAUCAAUGCCAACAAGGAAGAACUGCUUCGGGUGCUCGACUGGGUGCCCAAGCUGUGGUACCAUCUCCACACCUUCCUUGAGAAGCACAGCACCUCAGACUUCCUCAUCGGCCCUUGCUUCUUUCUGUCCUGCCCCAUUGGCAUUGAGGACUUCCGGACCUGGUUCAUUGACCUGUGGAACAAUUCUAUCAUUCCCUACCUACAGGAAGGAGCAAAGGACGGGAUCAAGGUCCACGGACAGAAAGCCGCUUGGGAGGACCCAGUAGAGUGGGUCCGGGACACUCUUCCCUGGCCAUCAGCCCAACAAGACCAAUCGAAGCUGUACCACCUGCCCCCUCCCACUGUGGGCCCUCAUAGCAUUGCCUCACCUCCCGAGGAUAGGACGGUCAAAGACAGCACCCCAAGUUCUCUGGACUCAGACCCUCUGAUGGCCAUGCUGCUGAAACUUCAAGAAGCCGCCAGUUACAUUGAGUCUCCAGAUCGAGAAACCAUCCUGGACCCAAACCUCCAGGCCACGCUUUGAGGGUCUAGCGUCACUGUCACCCCAGAGAGCAGAAUGCUGGCAUCAGCGACGUUCUCUCCUCCUCUCCCCUCUCUUCUUCCAGAGCACUGGUUCUCCGGCCCAAGAGAACAGGAGGGGGAGGAGGAGGAAAGGAAGAGGGCAGGUUCUUGGUGCUGCACCUUGAUUGAGAACUUCCUAGUAAGGACUGGUGGGGUGGAGCUUGGAAACUUGUGUCCCCUAGAUACAUUUACUGGCCUCCUCUCAUGACUUUGGGGAAAAGAUGAUUCUGGGUCUUUUUUCCUUGAUUUCGUGUCUCAAUUACGGACUCCUAGGCUUUCUGGGGAGGGGUUCAGAAGACAUCAGAAAAUCCUGCAGCAGUUCCUAAGUGAUUCUCAUGAACAGCUCUGGGAGAGACAGCCCUGUGUGGGGACAUCUAAGGGAGGCGGAAGCUCCCCAGAAUUUCUCGCAGACCCUUCUGAGUUCCGUCACCACUGCCAAUAACUCUUUCCCCCAGAGAUCUGGCUGGAGCCCAGAAAAAGCAGCAUGUGGUUUAAAAAAUGUUUAAAUCAAUCUGUAAAAGAUAUUUAAAAAAAAAAAAAAGAAAGAAAAAGAAAACAUGACGCUGGAGAGAGGAAGCAGUUGCCAAGGUAGAGAGCGUGCUACCCAUCCCUGGAUGAUGUAGGGGACCACGACCAGAUGGCUGCCUAUCUUGGAAGUCACCAAACCACAACAAUAGCAUUCCAGCCUUCAGAGAAAGACUGCUAGCUCUGUCUUAUACCCUCUAAUUUAACAUGCAUGAGAGUCAAUAAACCCUACUUUCUUUUUUA